CAACAGUAAAAUUAUUUAUUUAAAAAUUACUCAAAUAUUUGCAGGCAACGUUAUUCUGUUUGUCUCACUGAAAUUUUUUUACCAUAAACUAAUAAUUAAGAUUAUUUCACGAAGUAACAGAAGUGUUUGAAAGUUUUUCUAUGUUGCUGCUUUUCAUUUUAUAAGUAAUUUUAAUUUACGUCUUCACGUAAUCUCGUACUCUAUGAUUCUUACUACUAAAUGUUACAAAAUUUAUUCGUUCAUAACGAAUUUUUAUAAAAAUUCACCUGUAUUAAUUUAAAGUAUAGUAUAUCAUAAAUUCAUUUCAAACUCUAAUUUCGCAUAAUUUUCAACUUGUGUCCAAUUUUUUUAUUUAUUCCAUGUCGUAUCCUGAAUUCUGAUAUAUGUGUUCGCUAUUGAUGGGACAAAUUACAUCAUCUCUCGUAAACGCUUUCGAAUUUUGCUUUUAAAAGUAUAUAUAUGAUAUUGACGAGAGCCGAAUGGCAAAACUAACUGAGAUUUUAUACAUCUGAACUUAAGUCAAGAAUUCUGAAGUGGAUUCCGUAUGAUGCCAUAGAAUUAAAUGAAUAUGAUCAAACACGCCAAAGUUUCAGAAUUUGAAAAAAAUUGUUUCGUCAUGGUGCGUAUAUCACUUUUCAAUUGGGCAGGCAGUUUUCAAUAUAGAUUUUUAUUUUAUCUAGCAUAUUAAAAUUACAGCAUAAUCUAGCUUUUUAUAAAAUACAGUAAUGCCAUGGGUUUAAAUAUUUCGAAUUAUUUUAUUCGAAUGAGCUCAUUGGAUGAUUAGUUUUGAACUCAUCGUAAGUGAGCUUAAGGUCCGUACUAUCGUUAUUCUAUCGGAGUGAAAGCGCAUCUCUCUAAAGGCUGCUCUUCGAAACCGUACAUCCACUAGUAUCUUAAUGGCUGCCACCUCUGCUUCAGAGCACCCCUUUUCCAGCGGUUUCUCCCCGCCCACAUAUCACUCACAGGUAUGUGUGCAAAGAAGGAACAAAGAGAAAGCUGAGCGAUGCAGUGGUCCAGUUAUAACAGCUUUUACCGCAAUGCACCUGCUAACGAUAUCUACAGGUGCUACGUGUAGAAUGGCAUUGGUGCUAUUGUUGGUAUUGUUCAAGGUGCCAUGUUUCCAGAUGACUGUUUCGUAAGUUACAUAUGAAUGCAGAAAAUUCUCACGGGUCUCUCUUUAAGUACAGUUUUGCAGAUUCAUGAACGAUUUGUUUAACACAACCGGUAACUUCAGCUAUUUCUUUCGUCUAGUGCCGGUGCUUCUAUGGUCUAUUCAGAAUUUAGCAAAUAUUUUACGAAUGGUUGCAUCAUCUGACCAAAAGGCUGUUGAAUCUUGCGUAUUGAACAUUUUAAAUAGGGGUUUAUAAGUUCUCCAAGAUCUCUUUUUACCACUAACGAAAACAACAGAUAUAAUCUGACCUACCAUAUAAGGUUCUUUGAGAAUGAGACAGUAGCAGCAAAUUCGUUUGCACGGGAGAGAUUGUUUCGUCUUUCCUCACACGUCUAUUACAAUCAAAUUGGCAUGUUUAACAAGCUAAAUUUAGUGCAGUUGAUUACGAAGGAGGCUUCGUGGCUACCUGGUGUGCUGGGAUGUUGCUCAGAUACCUAAUCAUAAUUCUUGUCCCCGAACUAUAUUACGUUAUUAUGUAUUUAUUGAGAACAUACUAUUAGUAUAGCGCACCAACACAACUAUCGAAAUGUGAUAACAUAUCAGCUGGUAUUGACAUUAAUAAAUGCUUUUAUUUACAAAUGGCAAUAUAAAUAUGUAUAUAUCAAUGACUUCAAUUGGGUUUAUAUUAAAAAAAUAAAGGAAGUGCCACAAACGCCGCAAAUGAUGUUUUUUUAUAUAAACAAUUGAUUAUAGCCAAAUAAUAGAAAUAGUGAAGGAGAUUUGAGCGGAAUGGCGUUUAAAAGAUAAAACAGCUGAAAGUUCAAAUCGUUUAGCUCUAAAAAGUUUUAUUUUUAAUAAUGGCGAAUGUGGAUGUCGAUCAUGGUCAUAACAACAAUGAUAUCAAAAAUAUAAAUACCACACACGAUAUAAUCCCACCUAAUUCAGAAAAGCCUUGCUGGGAGUGGCAGGAAGAAGAUGUUGUAAAAUGGGCUGAAGUUCAAAGAUUUGACUACAAUGUUAUAAACUGUUUGGUAGCGGAACAUAUUGAUGGGAAUGACCUCCUAGAAUUAACAGAAAAUGACAUUCGAGACUUUCGUUAUCAUCUUAAAUACAGCCUUACUAUGAGUGAUAUCAAAAAACUUUGGGUUGCUGUUCGCAAACUUCAAAAUAAAAAUUGUACAUUAGCUCACAAUUUUAUGCAAAGAAACACAUUAGGAUUGGCUGAUUGCUUCUCGUUUAAUCGUCCGUAUAUACAUCAACAAUGCGGAACAUCUUCCUGCUGUAAUUUAAAUCUUUGCAGUUGCCAUGUUGAACGCAAUGGUGUUGGGUCAAAUUGUUAUUAUUCAGAUGUGUGUUCUCCACCGGUUCCUCCAACUUUAAAUGGCAGUACUGAAGAGGAUAACAUGUCUCCGCCCAUGUCUGUCGAUGGCCGAGCUACUAAUAUACCUCCAGAGUUAUUCAAAACAGCUAUUAGUUUGGGUUACUCUUUUCUUGUCACAUGGAUAACAUCCUUUGUUAUGGUCAUAGUUCACGAGCGUGUGCCUGAUAUGAAGCGUUAUCCGCCAUUACCGGAUAUAUUUCUCGACAAUGUACCACACAUACCAUGGGCAUUUCAUAUGUGUGAGAUAACAGGCACAUUAUUGUUUAUGAUUUGGUGCUGUGUUUGCAUCUUCCACAAAUAUCGCCUUGUUCUUUUACGACGUUUCUUCGCACUUGCUGGAACAGUAUUCUUACUACGAUGUGUCACAAUGUUGAUAACAUCUUUAAGUGUACCAGGCACACAUUUGCAAUGUAAUCAAAAUGAUUACGCAGUUGACGAUACCGAUCUAUCUAUAAUCGAAGCUUUGCAGUUACGUAUUUCUCGUGCCUAUACGAUUUGGAGUGGGCUUGGCAUGUCUAUUCAAGGUGUUCGUACAUGUGGUGACUACAUGUUUAGUGGACACACAGUGGCCCUAACUCUUUUAAAUUUUUUCAUUACAGAAUAUACACCCCGAAACUUGUACUUUUUGCAUACUAUGACCUGGCUUUUAAAUAUGUUCGGUAUAUUUUUCAUUCUUGCUGCGCACGAGCACUAUUCAAUAGAUGUGUUUGUCGCUUUUUACAUUACAUCCCGCCUUUUUCUUUAUUAUCACACACUGGCCAAUAAUCAGGCGCUAAUGUCACACGAUUCAACACGAACUCGCAUCUGGUUUCCGAUGUUCAGUUACUUUGAGAGUUCUAUUGAUGGAAUCGUUCCGAAUGAAUUUGACACCAUCGGAGCUCUCUUUGGUUGCCUCUGCCAGCUUGUCUUGAAUUUUAAAGACACUUGCAUGUUAUCAGCUCGUCGUAUUUGGAUCGAAGGACCACAAAAUUCAUUGAAUAGUGAAACUUUACCAUCGCUGUCGAACGUACCGGAUUCACUAAAACUUUUAAAGAAACAAUCGCAAACCCGAGAAGGCAUUGGAACAUUGAUAUCGGGUAAUGCGUCCAACAUACGGACUCCGUUACAAUCGCAAACACGAGAAGAUAUUGGAACAUCGAUAUCAGCCAAUGCAUCCAACACACUGACUUCAUCACAGCCUUUUUUUGACGUAAGCAAGAAAAUGACGCAUGGAAUUUUAAGGUCAUUCGAAUCGGCUUCUGAAAAUCCUUUAACAAAAACAUCAUCAUCAAGCAAUAGCAUUCAGGGGGAUAAGAAACAUCAGUAAUUAACAAACAAUCUCAAUCAUGCACAAAUUGGCAUUUAUGGUAUUUAAAAAGUAUUUCCAACGAUAAUAAAUUAAAUUAAGUUCUUAAGUCGCUGCAUUCCUUAUAUUCAGUUUUGCAAAUACAUCAAAUGUGCGUACAUAGCUUGUAUAAAUGUGGAGUCCUAUUUAUCAAUGGUAAAGGUCAUCCCUAACCGUUAUUACAGAUUUCCAUAUAGAGUAUAUUCGCCUUACUAUGUAUUUAAGAAUCUGCAACGUGUGAAAAUGAAAUUUAUUUGAGCAAUAUACUUGUAAUGGUUUCCAUCUACUAAUA